AUGUCGUGUCAGAUGCAAGUGGCCAAAAUUGCACUCUCAGUAUGCAUUUCACAUGAACUGAGCAAAAACAGGGUGAUCGCUGCUCCUCCCAAGCCCAGAACACCCAAGCAGCAAAUUAAGGAUGGACACCAAUCCGAGAAGCAUAGGCAGAGGGAAGCCUCCACCAAAGCGGCAGCUGAGGCAUCCAUAGUGGAAGCAUCUUCUGCGAAAGCUCAAGAAAAGGCUCUUACCAUGCAAGAAGUCAUCGAAAAGACUGUCCCAAAGAACACACAGUCCGUGAAGGCCCACACACAGCUCGUGGAGGCCUGCACACAGCUCACGGAGACCCACACACAGCUCGCAGAGGCCCGUGGUCAGCUCGCAAAAGCCAUGAAUGACCAAAACUGCAUUGUCAUGGAGGCAGAGGCUGUGAUUCAGGCAUGGGAUGCAGAGCUCGUGAAAGCCAUGAAUGACCAAAACCACAUUGUCAUGGAGGCAAAGGCUGUGAUUCAGGCACAGGACGCAGAGCUUUUCGUGAAGAUGGAGGCUGCGAUUCAAGUGCAGGAUGCACAGCUCACGGAGGCCCACACUCGGCUCGUAAACACUAAGGAGGACGAUGACGAUGCCUGUACAGUUGCAGAGGCCCAUGGUCAGCUCGCAAAAGUUACGGAUGAGAGAAAUCGUGUUGUCACAGAUGCCCACGUUCAGCUUGCAAAAGUUACGGAUGAGAGAAAUCGCAUUGUUGUGGAGGUCCACGGUCAGUUCGCGGAGGUCCACGGUCAGCUCGCGAAAGUUAUAGAUGAGAGAAAUUGCAUUGUCGCAGAGGUCCACGGUCAGCUCGCGGAGGCCCACGGUCAGCUCACGAAAGUUACGGAUGAGAGAAAUCGUGUUGUCGCAGAUGCCCAUGUUCAGCUCACAGAGGUCUGCACUCAGCUCAUGAAAGUUACGAAUGAGAGAAAUCACAUUGUCGCAGAUGCCCACAGUCAGCUUGUGGAGGCCCACGGUCAGCUCGCAAAAGUUCAACAGGACAAAGAUGACGCAACUGAACAACUUCAGAAGAACAAUAUCAAGGUGCAGUUCAUUAUGCAGGACCAGAUAAUCACUCAAAACGAAUCUCAUCAAAAGGAUGCCAUGAUCAGGACACUCAGAAACCAGUAUCAGGCCAAGUCAGCCAGUUAUAAUGAACUCAAAAGUGUGGCCAACAGAGCCAUAAAGAUCAAGCAGGAAACAUCCAGGAUGGGUGUUACCAAUUGA